CAAUAACAUUUAGUUCGUUAACAAAAGCAUACGCUCAAAAUGGCUGCCCACGUUGACUUCUUCCCCUUUUACCCACCACCGUCCCAUCAACAUCCUCUCCCUUCUCCAUUUCCACCCCCACCGUAUCAUCUUCCCCCUCCUUCCCACAUUGUCCCUCCACCGCCACCAUCUUCUCAUCCCCAUCACCCACCGCCACCUCCUUCCCACUUUUCUCCUCCACCACCACCUCAUCCCCAUUUCCCGCCGCCACCAUAUCCUCGUCCCCAUCACCCACCGCCUCCACCUCACGUUCUUCCACCACCACCACCGCCACCACCGGGUCAUCAUCAUGUUAUCAUUGUGGUUGUUAUCUCUCUAGGCAGUUUGUUUUUUCUUGCAUUCCUCGCUGCCGCCCUCUUCUGCUAUCUCAAGAAAAGAAGAAUGUCUUCUACAAAGACUGAGAUUAUCAAGUUUGAUGAGCACCUCAAAGUCCAAGAAGUCACAGUGCCAGGACCCCAUGGCGAACCAACGAGAAUGGUAAUGCUCGAGGAAGACAUUCAUUUGGUAGAGGAUAUUCACAAGACUGAAAAUCUUAGCCGAGCUACUCACCUCAGCUCAACUGGAGGACAUGCCAUUGAUGUAUCAGACCCCAAUCAUCACUUUAUUGAGCACAAGGCCUAAAUCAAAAGAGAUGCGAUGGGCCAAAAUGUAACCAAGCAUUUAUUCUCACCAUCUUAAUAAUAAAUAAC